AUGCCCGUCUCCAACUCGACACUGCCUGUGCUUUCUUUGUUGCCCAGCCUAGAGGGCACGCAAAUCUACCCCGUGGAGCGCGAAAUCAACCGCAGCUCCCUCCUCGACGUCGCGCCGGACCGCGAAUCUUUACUGAUCAGCGAUCAGACCAUCGAAGAAGUGCGACAGGCUCUCAAGAUGCACAUUCCGAUUACCACUGGGCAUUGGCUGUAUAAUGCUCAAAAACGCCAGACAGUCAAGCUACGAGAAGCGACGACACGUCUUUCCGUCUUUGGCAAAUCACUGUCAGCGGUCCCGACGGUAUCAGACGAAAACUCAAACAACGUCGUCGCAAGUCCUCGGAUCCGACGGGUACUGUCGACGUCGUCUAUCUACACCUUCUCUGGGGCUACCUUGACAAGCAUCGAAAGCCGUCUCAACUCAGCUGGCACAAACGGAUCCACCACCUUACCGAUCGAGCCACGGCUAAGUACUUCUGAGAAGCUCAUCUCCCCAAGACCACUAGGCCUUACCCACGUCCUCGUAGUCUACGCUACGAUGCCAAGCUGCCCUAUAGCCCCUCCAGUAGACCCCCAAGGCACCUUACCAAGCCGCAAGAAAAAGGCCGUCACCUAUCCCGAAGUCAUCGAGCUCCCGAUCAACGACCUCCUCUUCAUCCUCAACGUACCCAACUUGGCCCCUCCAAAGGUGCCGGAUACUCCCCUCCUUCCUCGUCGUCUGCACGAGGAGCUUCCGCGGGUCCUGAUGUACGUUCCGCACCUGGACACGUUCCCGGAGCUCGUGAUAUAUUUGCACACCAAGAACCAAGCUGAGUUGUUCAGGAAGGUAAUUCCUGAGUGGAUCAGGGACUUGAUUCACCCUCUGCCUUUGGUUCCUCUGCCUGUCCCUCAAGCGCACUCUCAGCUUGGUCCUGUGGUCCCAUCUCCUUCGGCAGGAGUGCCAACCGAAAGCCGCGGAGUGAUCAAGUUUCUGGGGCUACUUGUUUCUGGGUCCAGUUCAACUACAAGCGUCGACACGAUGGCCUCGUCGUCCUCUGCCAUCUCGACGCCUCCAACUGAGCCAGAUAGGAGUGCGAAGACUAUUUCAGAGGAGAUCGCGCAAGUUUCCUCGACCUUUUCCUUGACGGAAGCAGAGGACCCGUUGUUCCAGACAGCGGCCCGUUUGGACACCCUUCGAGAUAAUCUGCGUCAUAUUGGGUACUUCAACCACACCCUGUGGAAUGAGUUGGACGUUUGCCGAGACAUCGUGUUGAGGUCCAUUUCUUACUCCACAUUCCUGGACUACAUAACCUCUGAAAAACUAGCCUUCAAGCGUGGUCGCCGGGACGAUCCUUUGAGGCUGUAUGCUAUCUUCUACACCACGUGUUUCCCCCCAGCGACCAAGUCCUACGUGAUCAACUCUCGAGAUGAACCGAUGGAAUUCGACUACGCCCCGUCCAAUUGGGGGGACGUCUCCGAGGGGUGUCGCAAUCGCAGGGUGAGGCUGAAAACGACGGCGUCGGUGGCAAUUGGGGCUCUGGAGGGGAACGUCGAUGACAUGCUGGAACUGGCCAUCCGGUGUGUAGACACAAAUGUCGACGUGCAGCGGGGCGCCAAACUGAUCCGACGCGUCUACGAAGGACCUUUCCUUCCCGAGAAGAAGGGUGUCGCAGCCAGCCUCGUGUGCUACCUCUUUGUACACUGUGAUGACCCACACGCUGAAAGCCGGCGGGGUACGAGUGGGGCCUUCCGCAACUGGGUCGCGGCACUUCACUUUGCGGCGCAGAGCUGUAGACUUGGUCACUUCUCGUUUGCAUGCAACUUCGUGGCGGAGACCAGCUUGAACAUCGGCGCCGAGUUCCAGCCCACGUACGACCAGGAGCUGCGGGAGGAGCUCGACCUUGUGCUCGCACACCGCCAAAUUCUCCAGGAGGAGACGGGCUAUCAGCCGCGCAAGCCACAAAUUUGUGCACGCUGCUUUAUGAAGAAGCCUGAGGAGUCGCUCCGAUUGGAAAAAACAUCGGAAAUGGUGCAAGAAAGAUCCCGAACUUACUACCCCAAGUGA